AGGAUGUGGUCUUGUAUCACAGACUUCUUUACCUAUGAAACCACUAAGUCGGUGGUUGUGAAGAGUUGGACCAUUGGAAUCAUCAAUCGUGUUGUCCAGCUUCUCAUCAUCACUUACUUUAUUGGGUGGGUGUUUCUCACUGAGAAGGCUUACCAAAUUAGAGAUACAGCAAUUGAAUCCUCCGUCAUGACCAAGGUCAAAGGUUUUGGAAUCUACAAUAACAAGGUUAUGGAUGUUGCAGACUACGUUACUCCUACACAGGGAGCUUCAGUGUUCUGCAUCAUUACUAAACUGAUCACUACAGAGAACCAAGUGCAAGGAUACUGUCCUGAGAGUGAAAACAAGUAUAUUUGUACUGAGGACAGAGACUGCACAAAGUACAUCAACAAGACAGGAAGUUAUGGGAUUGCUACAGGAAGAUGUGUUCCUUUUAAUGCCACCAUCAAGAUGUGUGAGAUUAAGGGUUGGUGUCCAGCUGAGAUUGACACCAUCGAGAUUACACCAAUGAUGGAAGUGGAGAAUUUCACCAUCUUCAUUAAGAACAGCAUCCGCUUCCCGAUCUUCAACUACACCAAAGGGAACUUCCUCUCUAACAUCACCCAAGGGUACAUCAAUAAAUGUAACUUCGACAUGGUCAACAACACCUACUGCCCUAUCUUCAGAGUGGGAGAUGUUGUUCGCUAUGCACAGCAGAACUUCACUAAACUGGCAAACAAGGGAGGAGUGAUUGGAAUAAAGAUCGGCUGGAUGUGUGAUCUGGACAAGUCAGAAGACCACUGUAACCCCUCAUACUCAUUCACCCGGCUGGAUGCCAUGUCCCAGAAGAAUGCUGUCUCACCUGGCUACAACUUCAGAUUUGCCAAAUAUUUUAAGAUGGAAAAUGGGACAGACUACCGCACUCUGGUCAAAGCCUAUGCUAUCAGGUUUGAUGUUCUCGUCAAUGGAAAUGCAGGAAAGUUCAACAUGAUCCCUACGCUCAUUAACAUGGUUGCAGCCUUCACAUCAGUGGGAGUGGGCACAGUGCUGUGUGACAUUAUACUACUCAACUUCCUGAAAGGUGCGGAGCAGUACAAGGCCAAGAAAUUUGAAGAGGUGUCUGACAGCCCAUCAAAAAGCAACGGACUGUAUCGCUCCCAGCUGUCCCUCAGACAAACCAUGACAAAGUCUAAUGACUCAGGGGCAUUUUCUAUUGAACAUUACAGCUGA